CCGCUACAAAUGCUGCGAACAGUCUACGUACGAACUUUGUGAGAAUCAAAACUAAGUGAGUGGUAUCGAAGUGAAAAAAAAAAUUGUGUAAAAAAUUCUGAGUGAAUAAUGAUGUGUUUGUGUUUCUUUAUUUACAAUGUUUUGUUCGUAUCGUUCAAUUUACACAGCGGACCAGCGUUGACCUUUUCAUUUUACAGAUUAUGAAGCCCCGUAUAGGGCGCAGCCUUGUUCAGGCGCUAUGUGGUCUGUGGGAGUGUACCUCAUCACUCAAAUCGUUGUUUGUCAAUUUACCACAGAUAAUCUGACAUCCACAACAGAAGAAGACCAAACUGUGACACCAUUUUACGCACUAAGCACAGGAAUCGUUCCAGCGCCCGUGAUGCUCCGUCUUGGAAAUUCGACAAUUGACAGCACGAAAUCGUUCAAAGUACCCCAACCAUCCCAAGAACCAGACACGGGGACACUAACUCUUCAGCCAAAUGCAGUGCCAGAUAUGGUCCCACACGUUGUAUCAGCCAAGAACACUUACUUCGAUCACGAUAGAAAAUAUGGUCCAACGUUUGAAGAUUCACAGGACGGUAAUAUUACAAAGAUAACUAUACAACUCGGUGAUGAUGCACACCUGAAUUGCAGAAUAAGCCUCCUCCAAGAUAAAACAGUAUCUUGGGUUCGUCGAAGAGGCAGAGAUGACAUUCCAGAGCUUCUAACUGUUGGAGCUGUUACAUAUGCAGCUGAUAACAGGGUAUCAGUUGGGAAGAGGUAUCCCGGUAAUUGGAGACUACUCAUCAGGGAAAUCAAACCUGAUGACGAAGGAGUUUACGAAUGUCAAAUAUCAACACAUCCCCCUAGAGUUAGUAGGACUUAUCUCCAUGUGAAUACUCCACAAGUGUGGGUAGUCGACGAAGCAGGUGGUCCGCUCCAAGAAAAAUACUAUGAGGCUGAGUCAACAUUAGCGUUGGUGUGCAGAGCGCGUCACGUGGACACACCGGCCGUGCUUACUUGGCUACACGAAGGAAGGGCCCUGAAUGCUGAUACUACAAGAGGUGGAAUAAGCGUAAAAACGGAGCAAGUGCCAGGUGGUGCUGACAGCGUGCUCAGGCUAGCACGCGUGAACAGCAGCGACGCUGGCAAUUACACUUGCGCUGUUCGGGGAGCAAGGCCUCAUACUGUUUCUGUACACGUGCUCAACGAAAGCCUAGCAGAGCUACACGCUGGAGUGUCAACAGUUCAACCAUCGUUAAAAACAGUAACAACGUUGUUCCUCGUAACGUUUUUCGUUACGAGAUCACCAUUACUGUCAAUCUCGGUCGUGUUGCCAGCACUAACUCGUAGUAUUAGCGCCAAAGGCGAAAUAAACGAACAUUUUAAAGUAAUAUUAUUACCUACGUGAUAAAAAUGUGUAAAUAAAUUAAUUAAUGAU